AUGGUGAUGAAGGAUGUAAAAGACAGAUAUACCAGGGGACGGGCAAAUAGUGAGUAUAUCGAUAUGAAUGAUGAAGUCAAGACUACUAAGACAAGACAAGACAAGACAAAGUACUGCUUAUUCUUCUGUACUGCUUCGAUACUGCCUGUCAACCACGUGACUCCGCGAGACAUGUCAACGCGAAAAGACAGGGAUCAUUUAAUUGGCUACGUCAAACCCGCUGCGAUGAUGGCGACUUCUUUCGUUUUUGGAGGGGGGUCUCCAUGCUUUGAUAAUCAUGAACUACUAAAGAAACGAAACGAGCGGCGGUUUUCGGAGAUUUAUUAA